AUGGCGGUGGGGCUGUGGGGGCUGCUGGGGAGAUUGCCCCCCCAGCCCUUCCCCAGUGGGUCCCACUCCUUCCCCAGUGCAUCCCAGUGCCCCCAGCCCUUCUCAAUUGGGUCCCAGUCCUUCCCCAGUGUGUCCCAGUGCCCCCAGAUCUCCCACAACUCCCAGUCCCUCCCUGGGUACUCCCACUCCUUCCCCAGUGUGUCCCAGUGCCCCCAGCCCUUCUCCAGUGGGUCCCUGCUCCUCCCCAAGGACUCCCAGUCCCUCCCUGGUGGGUCCCAGUCCCUCCCCAGUGGGUCCCAGUGCCCCAGUGACAGGCUGGGUGCCGCAGCACUUUGGGUGCUGGCCCAGCUGAUGUUGGCAGAGGCAGCAGAGCAGUGCUUGCCCGGCCACAGCUUUGAGACGCUGUGGGUGAUGCUGGAGCAGGACCGCGUCCUGCAUGUGGAGCUCCACCACCCUGAGAAGAGGAAUGCCAUGAACAUGGCGUUCUGGAGGGAGAUGGUAGAGUGCUUCCAGGACAUAGGCCAGGACUCAUCCUGCUGCGCCAUCGUCAUCUCAGGUGCUGGGAAGAUUUUCACGGCUGGGAUUGACCUGAUGGGGAUGGGCAGCGAGUUCACAAUGGUGGAGGGUGAGGACAGGGCCAGGAAGGCCUGGAACCUGCGCCGGAAGAUCUGCGAGUACCAGGAGACCUUCUCGGUGCUGGAGAAGUGCCCGAAGCCGGUGAUCGCAGCGGUGCAUGGCGCCUACGUCGGCACAGGUGUUGAUCUCAUCUCUGCCUGUGACAUCUGCUACUGCGCCCAGGAUGCCUGGUUUCCAGGUGAAGAUAGGUGGGAGGUGGACAUCGGGCUGGUGGCUGACGUGGGCACCCUGCAGCAUCUCCCGAAGAUCAUGGGUAGCCAGAGUCUCAUCAAUGAACUGGCCUUCACCGCCCACAAGAUGAUGGCCCCUGAAGCGCAGAGCUCCAGCUUGGUGAGCCGGGUGUUUGCCGAUAAGGAGACACUGCUGCAGGGAGCCUUGGAAGUGGCCACCACCAUUGCAGCCCGGAGCCCCGUGGCCGUGCAGGGCACCAAGGUGAACCUGCUCUGCUCACGGGACCACCCUGUCCCCAAGAGCCUCCGUUACGUGGCCAACUGGAACAUGAGCAUGCUGCAGACCGAGGACAUCCUCAAGUCGGUGCAGGUAGUGAUGGAGAAGAAGGGUCCCGAGGACGUCCCCUUCUCCAAGCUGUAGGGCCACCGCGGCCCCCCCCCCACAAUAAACCUGGCUGCCCCCACAUC